AUGAGCGUUGAUGAUUCAAAAAUGCCGCUAUCUGAGAGCACUAAAACACCGCAAAUUUACAAAUUAGAAAUCAGAGAAUCGAAUUAUAAUGGAGGCGAAAAUGAAAUAAAGGUACAUCAAACGACAGCACGAUUAAUUGGGCUUACAAAAAAUGAAUUGGAGCAAUAUGCUAAUGAUCCAUUUUGGAAGGUAGUUAGGUAUACAAUGUUUGUACUUUUUUGGGUAGCAUGGGUUUUGAUGUUUCUAGCCGCUGUACUACUUAUUAUAUUUAGCCCCAAAUGUGUAACUAUAAGAGAACCGGAAUGGUGGCGUAGACACAUAUUCACACCAUCUUUCCAUGAUUCUAACAAUGAUGGAAUUGGUGAUUUCAAUGGAAUUCGAGAAAAGCUUAAUGAUUUACGAAAAAUUGGGAUAAAAACAAUUUGGGUAACACCUGUAAUAACUACUCAAAAGGAUGAUUUCAUUCCUCUUGAUGUGAUCGAUUUUACAAGUGUCGAUGAACGUUUUGGUACAAAAAAUGAUUUGAAAUCACUAAUAGACGCAACACAUGAACUAGAAAUGCAUUUUACUAUGGAUUUACCCAUAUCAGUAACAUCUGUAUCACAUAAAUGGUUCAAAUCAGCAAAAGAGGGUAGCGAUUAUGUUGAUUAUUACAUUUGGAAGAUGAAAUCGGAUGUAAAAGAUGAUCCAAAUUAUAUUGCUGAAGAUGGUAAAAAGAAUGCUUACCUGGCUUAUAAUGGAAAAGAUCCAGUACUAAAUUGGAUUAAUCCUGCCGUACAGAAUAGUAUGCUUGAGAUUGCAAAAAGUUUUCUUGAUAUGGGAGUUGAUGGUUUUCAUGUGGAACAUAUUGGUCAAUUAAUCAAACAUUUGCCGAAAUCAGAGGGACACGUUGCACUGUCGAAAAUCAAUGAUUUUAUCGGAAGCUUACGAGAUUAUGCAAGUAGUAAUGAAACAGUCAAUAAUGAAGAAAUUAUUGUAUUUUCAUCUUUGGAUGAUUUAACCGAACUACAAGAGUCUGAUAGUUUUGCUUUAUCGAAUCUCACCUAUGUUAUCGACAAUUCGGUCACCAAACUAAAUAAUGAAACAUGUCCAAAUGGAAUAGCGCAAUGUUUACAUUCUACACUUAUUACAUCAUUCGAACGAUUCAAUAUCACACAACUUCCACACGCAUGGCAAUUCACGAAUUAUCACGUUUCACGUCUUAGUACAAGAUUUGAUAAAGCAACAGCAACAUUAUUAACUUUUGUACAGCUUUCAUUGCCAGGUAUUAUUGAACUGUAUUAUGGACAAGAAUUAAAUCUUGAAGAUAGUACUGGUUCAAUAAACAAAUUUACUGGUUUAAUGCAGUGGAACAGUAGUGAAUAUGGCGGUUUCACAGCUGGCAGUCAGAAACCAUUCUUUUCUAAUACGCUUAAUUACAAAGAAGAUAAUUUCGAGACUCAAGCUAGUAGUCAUCGUUCACCACUGAAAACAUUCAAAGUGCUGGCAAAAAUGCAUCAACGUCAAUAUAAUUUUGCACUUGGUGAAACACAAUUAGCACCACUUAUUCAAGAUGUCAUCUUAUUCAGUCGAUUUUAUCAAGUUGAUAAUACUACCCUUGGAGAGGCUUAUCUGGUUGGCGCAAACUUCGGGACAUCUGAUGCUGAAAUAAAAGGAACAAUAGUACUACCGGACAGCUAUAUGCUGGAUAAAGCGGAAAUAGCUAUUGUUACUCCAAAUGUUGACAAAUACCAACCCAGGGACAAAAUUUCAUUGCAUGAUAAAAUUGUCCUUGGUCCUAAACAGGGAAUUAUUAUCAAAGUUUAA